UGGGUGUUUGCCUGGUGCUGCUGUCAUCUUCAGCUUCCCCUGCACACCCUCAUUUACUCUUCAUUUCCCAAUAUCCCUUCUCCUAGAAUGAAUAAACCCAUGUGUUGUACACAAGAUGGGAUGGAUUUGGUUUUCAUUUGUGUCGAAGAGUGGGCAUCUUAAUGCCCCUGAAUUCCUUUCUCAUAAUUUCUUUUUGAUGCUUUUAAUUUUAGGACAAGAUGUCCAUGGAGCCUUGGAGAAUCCCAUGGUGGAUACAAGUAUGCUGGAAGAAUUCAUCGGUAGUGACGUAGAGUUUGGAACUUCGCAAAGCCAGUUGCCAGACUCUCCACCGGACUCUGGAUCGGAACCGUGUUCUCCACCACAGUGCCAGACCCCAUGGUACGACAGUAUGUGGCCCAGUGGACUGCAGCCUCCACUCCCAUGCCCAUCUGCUGUGACACCCAACAGGCUUCCCUGCAGGUUCAUGGAGACUCACUCUGACCCCAGUGUCAGUGGGCAUCCUUGCACCAUCCCCCAAGGCUACUGCCUGAAGACAGGAAAUGCUGCGACUCCUUGGAAUCACGCUACAUCCUCCAGCUGUUUGGGUUUUAAUUAUUCAUACUUUCAGCCAAAUGCAUCUCAGAUUUCUGGUGUUUCUGCAGCAUCAGGCAGAAAAAGGAAGCUCUCACAGUUACUGGGGGAUGCCACUGAUUCUCCAGUCCAGGCUCAGGACUCCAGACAAGCAACCGUUAAGGACUGUGCUGCUGAAGUGCAAGAAUAUGACAGUGAUGGACAGAAUGCAGCUCUGGAAAAAUGCUGUCAAGCUCUAACAUGGCAACCAUAUCAAACUUCUCAGUGGAACAGCUUACUGAACUCUAAUUAUGAAAAACUACCUGCUGUAGGGUAUCACAUUGUCACAGAUAAAGGAUUUAAUUUUUCAAUAACAGACGAUGCCUUUGUGUGCCAGAAGAAGAAUCAUUUCCAAAUCACAGUCCAUAUUAGAAUUGCUGGACAUCCAAAAUAUGUCAAAACUCAGCUGGGGGGGAAACCAAUAGAAAAGUUUUGCUUGAAGGCUUUUGGAAUAAAGGUGGAAGCUCCAAAUCAAACAAUUGCUAUUGAACAGUCUCAGUCAGAUCGAAGCAAAAAAACUUUCCAUCCAGUUAAAGUUGAUCUGCCAGGGGACCAGAUAACUAAAGUAACACUGGGAAGGUUGCAUUUCAGUGAAACAACAGCAAAUAACAUGAGAAAAAAGGGAAAACCAAACCCUGACCAGAGAUACUUCAUGCUGGUAGUUGGACUGUAUGCUGUCUCUCAGGACCAAUUCUAUCUUCUGUCUGCGAAUGUAUCUGAAAAGAUCAUUGUGAGGGCGUCUAACCCAGGGCAGUUUGAGAAUGACAGUGAUGUACUGUGGCAGCGAGGACAUGUUCCAGAGACAACAGUCUAUCAUGGUCGAGUAGGAAUUAACACAGAUGCACCAGAUGAAGCACUGGUUGUCUGUGGAAAUGCCAAAGUUAUGGGCAGAGUCAUGCAUCCAUCUGACAGCCGAGCAAAGCAGAAUAUCCGGGAGGUUGACACAAAUGAGCAGCUGAGAAGAAUAACACAAAUGAGGUUGGUGGAGUAUGACUACAAGCCUGAAUUUGCAUCUGUUAUGGGAAUAAAAAACACCCAUGAAACAGGAAUAAUAGCUCAAGAAGUGAAGGAGCUUUUACCUCAAGCUGUUAGAGAAGUUGGAGAUGUUGCUUGUAAUGAUGGAGAAAAAAUAGAAAACUUUCUCAUGGUUGACAAGGAUCAGAUCUUUAUGGAAAAUGUUGGUGCUGUAAAGCAGCUUUGUAAACUAACCAACAAUCUUGAAGUCAGAAUAGAAGAAUUGGAGCAGUGGAAUAGGAAACUGGCCAGGCUGAAACGAAUGAACAGUUUAAAGUCAACUUUCAGUGAAGAGAGCAAAGUCAGCAGGUAUAGUCGAGCUACUAGUCUUUUGCCGUCAAAAAAAUCAGUCCCACUAAAAUCCAGCAAGGUUUGCUUGUCAAAGACAAAAGGGUCUUGCUCCAUGAAGGUUUUCCGGGUGACUGUAAUAGCUUUGAUUGCUAUUAUGGCACUAUGUGCUUUGACAAUCUCGACCCUGUAUUUACUUAGCAUUCAUGACAGACGUUUCGAAAACCAUCCAGUUUACAGGCAAGUAGUUAAAUUUGUUACCUCAAGUUCUGUUCUACUCUCUCGCUCUACUACUACAGCAGCAUUUAAUGGGGAAAGCACAAUUUCUCUGAGCACUCAACCUGUCAGCAGGAUCCCUGAGGUGAAUUUCUGUGACAUUUUGCCUUGUGACAAGGUUUACUGUUGUCCAAUUCAUCAACCAAAAGUCCAAUCUCCAACUUAUGAGGAAACCAAUGCACAGAUGAAACGAAACAGAAGUAAUGUGUUGCCUGAGCAAAAGCCAGUCAAAAAAUAUAAUGGAAAACCUGACCUUGGAAGUGACUGGAUUGAUACAACAAUCAGUUCCAUACAGAUUUUGGAAACUCAGCAAAGCAUUGACAACAGCUAUUGUAGUAAAAAUCUACAGUGCAGGUCUGGAAAUUACAGUUAUGUUAUUCCUGUUAGCAAAUACAUGCCCAUGGAUGUAGAAAUAUCACUGGAAAUAAACACCACAGAGCCAUUAAUUGUAUUUCUCUGCGAAGUCACUAUUGGAAAUUAUUGCUCCCAUUAUUCUUCAAGCAAAACCAGUAAGAAGAAGUUCCUAGAAACCACACAGGGACGUCAGCAUAUUUGGACUCUCCCUGUAGCUAAAUUCUAUGACAGCGCGUACUAUUUCCGUGUAGCUGUACCGGGUUUUGCAAGUUGCUUGACAGAUCCUUAUUUUGCUGGAAUAUUUUUUACUGAUUACUACUUCUAUUUUUAUCGGCAGUGUAGCUAAAAUGUUGUUGAUCAUUCUGUUCUUUGGGGAAAAGACAAGGAAUGAGAAGACUUGUGAAUGGACCUGCAUAUUUUUCUAAAACUUUUGCUGAGCUGUAUGGCAUUCUCUUGUUUGUUUCACUUUUAAAACAAUAAAGGAGAAAAAUAAAGUGUUUGACAACAACCAUA